CCUCGGGGCAGUGGAAAUUGACUAUGGGGGCGGCGAGGACCACCUCGCUGGGACGGGAGUGGGGCGGUCCAGCGGAGCAGGUGAUGACCCCACUGGGGAGGUUGACUGCUUACUUCACCUCCUUGACCACAAAUCUUGAGUGAACCGACCCCCCCCCCCCUCCCCGCCAUGCUCUGUUCGCGGGGAUCCAGCGGGGAGCAAGAUAAAUCAGGUCUCUGCUCUCAUGGAGCUUUCAUUUUAGUGUGGCAUGUGGCGUGAUAGUAGAAUUAAUCAAAAGCAAGAAAAUGGCUGGAAGAGCUGUCUUGUUGGCAGGACCUCCUGGAACUGGCAAGACAGCUCUAGCUCUCGCUAUUGCUCAGGAGCUGGGUAGUAAGGUGCCUUUCUGCCCCAUGGUGGGGAGUGAAGUUUACUCUACGGAGAUCAAGAAGACAGAAGUGCUGAUGGAGAACUUCCGCAGGGCCAUUGGGCUGCGGAUAAAGGAAACCAAGGAGGUUUAUGAAGGUGAAGUCACAGAGCUAACUCCGUGUGAGACAGAGAACCCCAUGGGAGGGUAUGGUAAAACCAUUAGUCAUGUAAUCAUAGGACUCAAAACAGCCAAAGGAACCAAACAAUUGAAACUGGACCCCAGCAUUUUUGAAAGUUUGCAGAAAGAGCGAGUAGAGGCUGGAGAUGUGAUUUACAUUGAAGCCAACAGUGGAGCCGUGAAGCGGCAGGGCAGGUGUGAUACCUAUGCCACAGAAUUCGACCUUGAAGCUGAAGAGUAUGUCCCCUUGCCAAAGGGGGAUGUGCACAAGAAGAAAGAAAUCAUCCAGGAUGUGACCUUGCAUGACUUGGACGUGGCCAACGCACGGCCCCAGGGGGGACAAGACAUCUUGUCUAUGAUGGGCCAGUUAAUGAAGCCAAAGAAGACAGAAAUCACAGACAAACUUCGAGGGGAGAUUAACAAGGUGGUGAACAAGUACAUUGAUCAGGGCAUUGCUGAGCUGGUUCCAGGAGUGCUCUUUGUUGAUGAGGUCCACAUGCUGGACAUCGAGUGCUUCACCUACCUGCACCGGGCCCUGGAAUCUUCUAUCGCCCCCAUCGUCAUCUUUGCAUCUAACCGAGGCAACUGUGUGAUCAGGGGUACUGAGGAUAUCACCUCUCCUCAUGGCAUCCCCCUCGACCUUCUGGACCGAGUGAUGAUCAUCCGGACCAUGCUGUACACUCCACAGGAAAUGAAACAGAUCAUUAAAAUCCGUGCCCAGACAGAGGGAAUCAACAUCAGUGAGGAGGCACUGAACCACCUGGGGGAGAUCGGCACCAAGACCACUUUGAGGUACUCAGUGCAACUGCUGACCCCGGCCAACUUGCUUGCUAAGAUCAACGGGAAGGACAGCAUCGAGAAAGAGCACGUUGAGGAGAUCAGUGAGCUCUUCUAUGAUGCCAAGUCAUCAGCCAAAAUCCUGGCUGACCAGCAGGAUAAGUACAUGAAGUGAGUCUUUCUGCAAAGAGACACUCCCAGCAUGCUGGGCCUGGGUACAGCCUGCAGAUACAAGGCUCACCCCUGGCCUUCGGAUUCUGUUCCCCCUCUGGCGUGGUUAAUGGCAAGUUCAGUGUACUGUUUUCUUUUUUUAAGUUAUCAUAAUUUCUCCCAUGGUUGCUUUGAAGGAACUCUGCCUCACUUAGCAUGUUUUCUAAUAAAUCCUUAUAGGAUAUUUUGA